AUGGGCGCGGGCCUGUCCGGCGGCUACCGCAAGUCCCGUACCUGCAUCGCGCUGGCCAACGACCAGGCGGUGCAGUCGGCGCUGCGCAGCCAGAGCGAGUUUGGCCCCUGCGUGCACUUCCUGCUGGACAUGAAUGGCACGCGCAUCAAGCGCGCGCACUUUGACUCCUCCGACCAGGCCAGCCAGACCGCUGUGAGCCAGGACCGCCACGGCGGCAUGACCGCCAAGUACUACCAGGUCGACGCGGCCAUGGUUGACAUCUCGGUGGAAGGCGGCAGUACGUACGUGGACAAGGACUUCAACGCCGCGGUGUACGGGCAGGGGGUGACGGCGGAGGGCAUCCUGUCGGGCGAGGUGCCCCCGCCCGCGGAGUUCCAGCUGCUCUACACCGUGCUGCAGCAGUUUGUGGACGAGACACCCAGCCCGGUGGUCAAGCGGGAGCUGGGCGCCAGCGGGCACGGCGCGCGGAGCAUCCGCAGCGUGCGCAGCAUUAACAUGAAGUCCUCGCCUGAGGAGGGCACGGCGCUGCCUGGCGUGGCGCUGCAGCGGAGGACCUCCGCCACGCCCAGCGUGGCUGGCAUCAAGGAGUGA